AAAAAAAAUAUCACUCUACCAACCAACAACAUUAUCCCAGACAAUUACAUCUUAAUAUCUAAUACGUCUACUCACCAUAUAACGUUUUUUUAAUAUUUUAAUAUUAUUAAAAAUUCACAACCUAGUCGUCAAGAUGUUCGCCUCAGUCAUCGCACCUCUCACCUUCCUCGCCUUGGCCAGCGCCUCUCCGGUCCCGGCCUCCGACCCCGGUAGCGCCUGGGAGCUCUCCAAGUCCAACGGCUUCCACCUGCAAGCACAGCUGCGCCCCGGCAGCGGGGACAUCGACCCCCCGGUGUCGGGCGGCUACCUGAGCAGCGCGCACGUGGGCGCGGGGCAGAACAUCGCGAUCGUGUCGGGCGUCAAGCCGGCCGACGGGUCGGCGUACUACGUCAACGGGACGGAGGCGCAGGGCUGGGUCGACGUGCUCACGGACCUCGGCACGACGUUUCCCUGGGGCCUGAACGUCCAGGACGCGGACGCGUUCGACCCCGCGUACCCGGGCGAGCACGGCGCGAGCGUCAACGUCGGCGGUGGCAGCGACGGCAUCGCGAUCCAGCGCGCCGAGAACCUGGUCCUGCUCGGCGGCGCCUCCGAGGGCUCGUACGCCGUGUGCAACCGGUACAUCGCGUACUGGCAGCAGGAUCUGCAGGUCGUCAGGUACAUCUACCCCGGCGAGUCCGUGCCCGAGGACUGCGUCGCUCUCGACUUCGUCCCUAUCUGCGCGGAGCUGGCGCCCCUGCCUGAGGGCUCCGACGCUACGCAUGAGUUUGCCCAGGAAGUUGACUGUGUUGUGUCGUCUUAAAAAGAGGUUAUGAGAGGGUUUGGAAGAGGAGGUAAAAUGGAGGGGGAAUGUGGGAAGAGAUACGAUAGUUAUGCAAUGGGAAUUGGUACAUCCAAUAUUCUAAAAGCACCUACGGCAGUAGGAAAGGAAGCACAUGCUAUCCUAGAAGUUGCAGCUAUGCCAGUAGAACACGUCGGCUUAUUGUGAUGGGGAAAGAUAUUCUCCGGUAUAUACGAAGUAAAUUUGUGAAGCACUACCGAAGCGCAUUAACCCUUUCAUCCCGUCUUGUGAUUAUGUGACACUACUCGCUUCAGUAAUUCCCCAGACUCAGCAUUCCCACAGCCUUUAAAAUAUGUCAGGUAUACUCGGUACUCUUAAGUCUUAGACAACUAGACUCAUAGUUUCAUAUCAUUAGGUCGGUACGUAUGGUUUGGUAGUCGGACCUGAGGCCCCCGAGUUCGCUAUCCGGUGGCUAGCUUGCAGCGCACGAAGCUCUUCAAGAGUGCACUGGGCUGGUAAAUAGGCGUGGUGUUCCGCCC